AUGGUGCGCAUUACGGUAGAACUGCUGCGCCGCCGCUCAGAGCACAACGAGGGAUGUCUGAGCACCCUGAAGGAGAUCGCGCUGCACCAGCAGGACAUCGAACGCAUUGAGGUGGUUGGCGAUGCCUGCCGCGAGCUGGAGAUCCUGUACCUCUGCAACAACUACAUCGCACGCAUCGAGGGGCUGCACCACCUCAAGUGCCUCAAGUACCUAAAUCUGGCGGUGAACAACAUCACAUGCAUUGAGGGACUCGAGGGGUGCGAGGCGCUCGAGCGUCUGGACCUGACGCUGAACUUCGUCGCGGACAUGACGUGCGUGCGGAGGCUGCAGGCAAACGCGUUUCUCGAGCAGCUGCACCUCACCGGCAACCCGUGCACGAAGACGCCGGGCUACCGCGCCUACGUCAUCCACGCGCUGCCGCAGUUGCGCGACCUUGACGGCGAGGAAGUGGUGCGCUCGGAGCGGCUUGAGGCGCGGCAGGACAACGGCGAAGUUGCGGCGGUCGUUGACGAGGAGGCGCUGCGUGUGCGGGAGGCGGAGCGCAUCAAGGCAGAGAUGAUCGCACAGGGCAUCGAGGUGUUCCCGCCGCGCUACAACGACAAGGGUGAGCGUGUGUACGGUCACACUCCGGAGGAGCGGCUGCAGAUGUUGCGUGAAAAAGAGGAGGAAGAACAGCAGAAGGCAAAGAAGGAGGUGGUGCCUGGGAGUCUGGCAGCGCUACGCGCAGAGGCAGAAAGGCGGCCGCAGCGCCUCACUGCGGAAGAAGAGUUGGAGAAGCACGGCCGACUUCUGCUUCGGAAUGAGCCAAAGUUGCCGUUUGUGCUUGACGAGGACGGUGAUGAUGAGGCGGUUGUACUGACGGUGGAGGUGCCGAAAUUCCUCUCUACCACACUCCUUGACAUACAGGUGGAGGUGAAUUACAUACGCGUGCUGGUUAAAGGAAAACUCAUACAAGUGCCGCUGCCGCGUGAAGUUUCGCCGUCUGCAGCAGCUGUGCAACGCGCGGCGGUGACGGGAACGCUCAAAAUUCGGGUGCCCUACGCCCCACAUGUACUGCAAGAGAUUGCGGAGGCGAAGAAACGGCGGCAGCGUUUGUGUGGUGUGUGUACUGAGGAAGAAGAAUAG